AGGACGUUUCACCUACUGUUGCUGGUACAUCUGGCACAUCUAGUACAACCGCACAAGGCAAAGGUGUCGAAAUAUUUGAAAAUGUUCCUCCCCUACGAACGGAACUAUCUAGUGGCUCCUCGUCAGCCCCUUCUAAAAUCUGGGUCAAAUAUGGCGACAGCAGACCAGUUAGACUUACUUUUGAUGGAGAGAUUGUAGACGAUUUGAUAGAAGCGAUCAAGAAAAAACUAUCGAAUCAGUUAGGUGAUGUGGAUGUUAACCAGAUUAAUUUAAGAAGACACGGUGAAAAAGAAGAUUUGCGCCCUGGUCUUCCAGUGGAUAAAAGUUUUGAAAAUAAUGAUGACACACCUCUACAAGUCAUUGUAAAUGAACCUGCGACGUUAAAACGCAAACGUGAAGAACCGGAAGUUUUAAGCGAGAUUGUAAAAAGUACAAUAAGGGAAGAAUUCUCCCGACAAAAGCCUGCUGAGAUGAUACAAGCAUCAGCUCUUUCGGAAAUAAAAGCAAGAGAGAUAAUUGAAUGUUACGGAUUAAAGCCUUUUGAAAUCUCGGCGGAAGACUUUCAACCUAUUGAACCCAUACAAUGUCGGCCAUUCUUAUGGGAUAUGGAAAAUGAUGAAGCUCACCAAAUGCCCGAAGUUGAGAAAUGGUUUAAGAAAGCAUUGGAUCUACCAAGAGAUUUUCAUGUAAAGGAUGUCCAUACACGAAAUCAUCAACGACAUUUACAAACUGCAAAUGUCAUUUUAACGGGUGGUGCCGAUAUUUCUAUUGGACCAAGUAAUACCCCUUGCGUUUGGAUUGAAACUAAGAAAAAGAAGGAGAAUUUUAAAUUGGGACAAGUUAUCGGAGGAUUAUUAAUAAUGGAUAAUGCGUACGCCCCAAUCCCUAUGUCUGUCUUAACUGAUUGCAAUGACAAUUGGACUAUUUACUUUUUUUGGGGGGAAGAGAAUAAGGAUCGUUAUUUAGCAUCAUCUAUAAUUGAUGACCGCAGUGUUGCUUUGGCAAUAAUUAAACAGUUCGUACUUGGUGAAGGAAGAACUUAUUUAGAGUUACUCGGAAAAAAUAUAAAAUAUCAAACAGAUUUACCCAAACCACUUAAAAAGAGAGCAAAGCUUCUUGAAUCUAUACUCGAAGAGGUUGAUCAUGGAAUGGGAGACAUAAUCGAUGAUAUGACUGAAAAAGAAUUGUUUAAUAUGUCAAUGCGCAGAAGAUUAAAAUUAGCGAAAAAUAUUGUUGGGGUAGAGGAACAACCGGCUAUAGAUCAGUUGAUUAGGCAGUUUAGCGAUAAUUAUGAUCCACCACCACUACUGAUUUUCACAUAA